CUAACCCGUUCGAAUCAAAACCCUAAUUGUUUUUCUGAUGAUGUCUUGUCCCUUCGACUCUUUCUUUCCUGCUCUGCCUUCCAAUCCUUGAUUCCGUCUUCCUGCCUGCGAUUCCCCUCUCCGGCGACCGCCGCAGCUCUCCUCUCAGUCGUGCCGGCCUCCGCCUAUCACCGCCGUCUCCUUGCUCGCCUCCUCCACUGCUUCUUUCAAGAGUAAUUGGCUGCCCUCUCUUUCCCUAAUUGUCGCUUGCGCUUUGUUUGGCGGAAUGAAAUGGGGUUUUUAUUCUGGUAGUUGAGCAGCUCGAUGUAUAUGUCCUUCUUCUGCAUCCAGAUUGGUUUCAUUCGUCUCCUCCCUCAUUCCGCCGCUCCCGUCUAGGGUUUUAGCUUCACUGCUGCUCCAGCUCACUCUCACUCAUUCGCUGGGUUUACGUUUCAGGUCGCCCGGGGAAUAGACCUUGCAGUUCCACCAGUGGGUCGCAGAGAUGGCUGCAAGUUUCGUUUCCAAGUUCUCUCGCGUGGGGCGAUCUCUGUUGGGGGGACUAAGCAACAACAUUUCAUCUGUAGCAGCCAGCAGCACAUCACCUGAACUCACUUCCAGCAGCAAUGCCCUGUACCAGCAACAUAGGACGUUCAUUCAAAUGAGGACGGUUCUCAAAGUUGCAGAUAACUCGGGUGCCAAAAAGGUGAUGUGUAUACAAGCGCUGAAGGGGAGGAAAGGUGCGAGGCUGGGGGACACAAUCGUGGCUUCGGUGAAAGAAGCAAUGCCGAAUGGCAAGGUGAAGAAAGGGAAGGUUGUGUAUGGAGUUGUUGUGCGGGCUGCCAUGCAGAAGGGGAGGUGUGAUGGAAGCGAGGUCAAGUUCGACGACAAUGCUGUGGUUUUGGUCGACAAGCAAGGUCAGCCUAUCGGUACCAGAGUUUUUGGUCCUGUGCCCCACGAGCUCAGGCGGAAGAAGCACGUCAAGAUCCUCACUCUUGCCGAGCAUAUUGCCUGACUUUUUAGUUGUUGUUUUAGGUGUUAUAGAUAGUUUGAUGUUUCGCUUCCAUGUAUCUGUCGAUGACUCUGUUUCUGGUUAAUCGUUAAGCUGUUUACGGCAGAGCAGAACCAUGCACUUUGUUUACAUAAAAUCGACGAGAACUUUCAGCUAGUAUCAAUCGGAAAAGUUUAUGGGUUUAUGGUUCAAAGAUAACUAUUAUAGAACUGCUAGUUAAUUGUUGAUGGAAUUAUUAAUUCAUUAUAACCUAAAUAUACUA